UAUCAAAUUUACUUCAAACUACGUUUGUUUAGCAAGGCUCCCCAUUCUAAAUGCUCGGAAUCAGACUUCAUCCCUUUCGUUGCUUGCUGUCGCCCCCCUCUCUCCCGAUUCCCUCAGACAUUUCCUCUCUGAGCCUCUCUCUCAAUCUCGCUUAUGCACCACAGUCUACCUCUCACUCAGCCUCUCUCUCAGUCGCACAAAACUCACAAGCGAGUAUCUCUCUGUCACUCAGCCUCUCUCUCAGUCGCAUAGUACCCACAAGCCUCUCUCUCCGUCACUCAGCCUCGCUCUCAGUUGCAUAGAAUCCACAAGGCUCUCUCUUCUUCGAAGCACAGCUUUCUUUCCACGGCCUUGAUUUAAACAUUACCAUUUUGCUCUCCUGCGUCUCUCCCGUUGCUCGCGUACUCGAAAUAACGCUCGAGCUCAAAAGGUGUUCAGGCUAGCCACAUUCGUCCCUGUCUCUUGCAUCUUACAUGCUAAUUCAAGAAUAAACUGCCAAUUGAUUAGACUAUAUUUGAAAGCAUUUACAUAUUGAGAUCUUCCACACUCAUAUCUUUCUUGGGUAAUCUAGAUUUCUCUGCAAAACCUCACUCCCAGUUUCUCUACAAAGAUCCUCUGUUUCAGUGCAGGAAAGAUGUUUGAGGGAGAGUUUCUGGAGAAUGGAUUCGAUCAAGAGGACACUAGGACAGAGAACCUUCUGAUUCUUUGGUGGAUAAGGUAUGAUGCUCCUGUAGGUAUUCGAUUAUGGCAUUAUCUCCAAGAAGAAGCUGGCAAAGGAAAGGGUGGUGUUAUCAAUCCAUUUUUUAAGCGCUUUGUAACAUCUUGUCAAGGCAUUCCACUAGGUGGCAUUGGCUCUAUAACUCUGGGAAGACUGCUGCAGAUGUCUCCUUGCUUUUUACAUGGGCGGCAAUGGAGGAAGAGAUUCAAUAAUUGCAUCAGACUGUCACAAUGCUAAAGGAUAGUCUGGUUGUAAUGGAGGAGAGAGACUGACACGCAAGCUGAUGUUAGAGGAGAGAUACUGAUAAUGCAAGCAGACGCUGGAGGUGCGCAUGCAACAAAUGAUGCAAAAUAUAAUAGCGCAAAUGAUGUAGGAUACGCAGUUUACAGCCCCUGCUCCAGGUGCAAUGCAAUUCAUCAGGAAGAUGGUAGAGAGGCCGAUAGUGGUGAUGAGUGAUGAUAUUGUUGAUGACAAGUAGCUUGUUUUUUUGUUAUUAUGAUGUUUUAUUUUUCCAUACAAUACAUUAUUGUCAUAACUCUUCAUUGUCAUAUUUAUAUAUAAUAUUGACUGAUAUUUGAUA